AAUUUAGCUAAUUUCGAUCGUUGAGCCCACGCCAGUCGCAGUUCGUCGCUUGACGCGGCAGGAGAUCUUCUCUCGGGGUUCGUCACUUCUCGUUGAUGAGCAAUCAUGUGGGCGGUUUCGGGAGUUGCGUUGCGAUUGUGUUUGGUGGCGUUGAUCCUUGCGCGGGUUGAAGCGGUGAAUCCUUCGCCGAAUCUGGACUUUACCGAAGCGGAAGAUUUGAACGAUGAUAAUGGUUUUGUGAGUGUGUACAAGAACUACCCGAAAAUCCAGGUGACGGUCGAUACUUCGAAGUUGAAACGUGUUGCGCAGCCGGAAAGUGACGAUAGUAGUUCGGGGAGUUCCGGCAGUUCGGGCUCGGAAUCGGUCGAACGGCAGACCGUUGGAGUGCGCACCGACAUUACGAUCGAAAUAUCCGAGGAGUCCAUCAAUGAAACAAACACCGUUGAUGGAAAAAUAGAUACCGGAAAAAAGGAUGGACCAUCUAGUGGGGGAAGAAAAGAUGGCAAGGGAGGUGUGGACGAUGAUAAUGCCAGUGUGCCAGUGUUCAAAGGGAUGGGAGGUAUUCCGACUAAGGGAAAACCUACAAAGCCAAUUUCGCCAAAUGAUGUGAAUGAUAACAGACCGAUUGUGACAGUAAGGCCACCGGUCGUCACAUACGGACAUAGAACGGAUGACCGCAAGCCGCCAGGACCUCAUGAAGGAUGGAACCGAUUUCAGCCAGUCGGUGUGUGGACUACCGAGAGACCGUACUUGCGGAGGAUCGAUUAUGAUUUUAGAGGCAAUCCCGUGUACGUUAAAACGUACGUACCGUACCACGCCACUCAUCAUCAGGACGUAAACGGAAGCUGGAAACCGUGCUACUGCAACGUCUACCAACCCUGGGAUCGUGCUCCGUCCAACCCGGUGCUCCCGACUCCUCGACGAAAGGUCGACGACAAGGUGGACAUACCCUACAAACAGCACCGAGAUUAGGGGACAGUUUUUUUUCUAGCGUUAGAAGUUAAGAAGGUUUUUUUAUGUAAAUAAGGAAAAAAAUAAUAAACUCAGUGAAAAUUUAAAAGUCUA